CUGAACCCACUUCUCAACCCACAAUUUCAUCUCUCUCUUCCCCUUCUCCUCUUCACAUCAGUCUCUGCUCUUCCUCUCCUCGAAUUCCCAAACCCCCACAAAUCACAUUUCAAUGGCAGCAAGAGAGCCUUUUAACGUGACAGUCAGGUCACCGGCCGUGACAACACAGCGGUCACCAUGGCAUUCACCGGUCCCCUACUUGUUCGGCGGUUUGGCGGCCAUGUUGGGUCUCAUCGCCUUUGCCCUUCUCAUCUUAGCCUGUUCGUACUGGAAGCUUUCCGGCUACCUCGAAAACAGCGAAAACGACGGUGAGCGAGACCUGGAGGCCGGCGAAGGAGGCAAAGGCGACGAAACCCAGAAGGCCCCGCCGGUUUUCGAAGAGAAAAUCUUGGUGAUCAUGGCCGGUGACGCAAAGCCAACUUUCUUGGCCACCCCCAUUUCGAGUAGGUCAUCGUCUUUCGGUGACAGUUCGAGUACUAAUAGCACUACUUGUAGCUGCGAUAAGAGUGAGAAGUCGGUGGAAAUGGCCGAGCAGACUGAAACGACUGUGAAAUUGGAAACUAGUAGUGGCGCUGAAAAUGUUCAUCAUCAUGAGAACAACACCGAGGCGACGCAUGAGGCCUCAACAGAUCAGACCAAUUAAUUUUCUUCUUUUUCUUUUUUUAAUUUUCCUCUUUUUUUUUGGGGUUCUCAAUCUCUUGUGAUUUUUGGGUUUGGCUGUGAUCUGAAAGAGAGCUUGCAUGUUGUUCUUUUUCACGGAAGCUGUAAAUUAACUUUUGAGAUGAAAUAGAAGAAUUCUCUAUUCUUCA